CGUCAGUCUGUUGGUGUCAGGAGAUUUGUUCAGAUUCAGUGUUUGUAGAAAAGACGCAAAUUGUGAGAUUUUGUGAAAACUUUUCAAGAAUAUUACCUUUUAUUGGUUGAGAAAGGUAGAAGGAGAAUCAUCACCAGCAAAAGCAUACGCUAUUGUAGUUUGUAAAUCUCACAGACUAGAAAGAACAAAGGAAAGGAUAUAGAUCAGCGAAAACAACAUACCAUCAAUUACAAGAGAAAAACCGCGAAAGGAGGAAAAAAGACAAAAACAUUAAAUCCGCUCAGAGUUCAUUGCCUCUGUCGUAUUGGCUGAAUUGCAGUUACCGCCAUUGUAAAGUGAGACCACGUUUUGUAGCAGGAUAGUGCCGAUUUGCAGUUCCAUUGUUGAAGCAACAAAUUCAUCCGAAAAUAUUUACCUAAGGGUUUAUACAGGGUAAAAUUAAUAUGAGUACGUCUGCUACUUUGGCACCAACAAUAGGCGCAGGUGGUGGUGUUCCUGCCGCUGAAAUGUCAAAUAUAAUGUCGAAUUUAUCUGCCGAUGACAGUCCAACGGCGGUGUCUAGAGCACAAACUGGUAUGCCAGUAAAUACUGCUAUUUGUCGUUACUUUCAGCGAGGUCUAUGCCGUUUUGGGGAUAUGUGCCGUUUUUCGCAUGAUCUCAACGGUGGUGAUGUGAUUCAUAUUAGUGGGAACGAGGGGGACGCUAUCAAACCCAGCACCUCUUCAAAAAGUAAUGCAAGAUCAGAGUAUUUAAACUCCAGACCCAGCACUAGCCGACAAAACUGGAUAAAUGCUCCUAUAUUUGUACCGAAGAGUCAUAGAUCCAAAUACCCUAUAGAAGAAGUUUCCGAUGCUUACGCGUGUGAGGGUGCAGCUGGCUUGGGCCCAAUCAAUGCUGAAAUUCAAAAAUCGUGGGCAGACGUUGUUGGCGGUGAUAAUGUCGCACAACGUAUGAAUACCGUUGAAGGUGCAGAUGCAGAGGCUAUGCUAGCAAUGAUUUGCCCCUUCGAGGGCCCCUGCCCGUAUGGCGCUUUUUGUGCUUAUGGCAUACAUAUGGAACUUUGUAAAAUGUGUGAUCAAUUUUGCCUACAUCCAAGUGAUCAGACGCAACGUCGCAAACAUAAUCAAGAAUGUCUGCAACAACAUGAGCAGGCCAUGGAGUGGUCAUUUGCUAUUGCACGCUCUAAGGACAAAACAUGUGGUAUUUGCUUCGAUACGAUAAUGGAAAAGGCUGGCAGAGAGAAACGUUUUGGUAUUUUGCCUAAUUGCAAUCACAUUUUCUGCUUGGAAUGUAUUCGCAAGUGGCGACAGGCAAAACAAUUCGAGCACAAGAUCACACGCUCGUGUCCAGAAUGCCGCGUUUCUUCAGAUUUUGUCUGCCCCAGUGCCUUUUGGGUGGAAACUAAGGAAGAAAAAGACAAGUUGCUUAGUGACUAUCGAUUAGCGCUUGGGGUGAAAGAUUGCAAAUACUUUAAAAAGGGUGAUGGAAAGUGUCCAUUUGGCAACAAAUGUUUUUACAAGCAUGCUUUACCCAAUGGUGAAUUGGUCGAUGUGGGUUGUCCCAAGCGUGCACGCAAACUCCACCGUGGCUCCAAUGAUUUCAUCGACUUGUUAGAUAUCUAUUUAUGGGAGUUUGUUGAACAACGAGACUACCAUUGGCUUGACUUUCUCUCUGGCACAAGUGAUGACAGUGAUGAUAGUGAUUUUUCGGAGGAUUAAGAAAAACAACAGUAAACAGCAACAGUACAGUACUGCAUUACUGCAAAGUUAAACAUUAAUUACUACAUGCUUCUUUAUUUGAAUUUGUGUGCUAACCCAACAGUAAGAUUCGUAUGGAAAGAAAACCUAUAUAAAAGUUAGCAGGAAAAAAGUAAUCAAACUUUAAUAUUAUAUUAGCUGAUGCAGAAUCGUCUAAAGUAUAGAAAUAUUGGAUUUAAAAGAAAGUCAUAAUAUCAACAAAUUGCACAUCCAUACAUUAAAAAAGAAACAAAUUGAAAUCUAAUAUCAAAUAAAAAAUGAAAAUUAAAUGAUGCAAUAUCUAAAUACAAAAUUAGGAUUAUCCGGCAAAGCGACUAUGUAUCUAGCUUGUAUCAAUAUAUGUAUAGAAACCGAAGCGAAUAUAUAGGAACACCAUGCAACGAACUUUUUCGAGUAGUAAAUAAAAAAUAAAUAAAAUAUAUAAUAUAUAGAAAUCAUAAUGCUUUCUACCGGCUCGAUCGCUUAGUAAAUGAUAACUGCUAAAAAGUGAAUAUUGCAGCAAAAGGCAUAAAAAUGAAAUACUUUCGGAAUACAUAAAUUUAAUUAUAUAGAUAUACGUUCAUAUGUCGGAAUGUUCAUUAAUGUGGUCCUACAUUCGAUGGUAAAGAAAACAUUUAAUGUAUACAAAAUAUAUACACAAUAUAUCAAAACACAGACCAAUAUACAUAGAACACACAAUACUUGAGUAAUGAAAUCUGCUCUCCGAAGUGCGCCACACUAUAGAAAUGGCACAAAAUGAAAUUCGUAUACAUAAAUAAACACAUAAAUCCUCACAUAUACAUUAUACAAAAAAUUUUGAUUGUGAUUUAUACUCGUAUUUACCGCGCUGACCCCAACGGUAGCAGCCACAAAUGUAAUUAAAUAUAAUAAAAGAGAAAAUAAAAAAAUUAAGAAAAACUUA